AUGGAUAAAAAUAAUACCAAUACCAAUACUAGGAAUAUUAAAACGCCUAGUAGACUUAACUAUGAGAAUUUACUGACAUCAUCAAAAAAUGCUGGUGAAGUUACACCCAAACAUAAAAGAAGAGGAAGACCAAGAAUAUUAAAAGACUAUAUGAAUCCAAUGAAAUCUCCAAUGGCAAACACUUCGUUAAAAGUACAAAAAUUGGGAUAUAAUGAAAUGAAACCAGUAAUGAAAGUAGCACAUAGCUCACCUUCUAAUUCUAGUACUAUUUCUAGUGCCAAUAAUAACAAUUCAAAUUCUUCUUCUUCCAAUAAUACUACCCCAUCAUUCACGCCCGGUACUACUCAUAGUAAUAACAAUAGUAAUAGGGCUAGUAUAGCGACCUCGUCUCCAUUUAAUAGCCUCAUUAACGACAGGAGCCCGAAUAACUUAGAAAGUCCUGAUAAUAAUAAUAAUAAUAAUGACAAUAGUAGUAGUAAUAAUCACGUUAAUAUAUCUAGUGAAAAGAAAAGAAACAAAUACCAAAAUUCCAUCAGUCAAAUAGAAAUGAAUUCGCCUCUUGGAAAGAAAAGAGGAAAGUUUGGUGGGGUUAUAUUAAAUAACAAUAAAAAUAGUCCCAAUUUCACAGCUAAUCGGUUAUCGGGGAAAAAAACAAAAAAAAUUAGGAAAAAUAGCAUUACCGAAAACAAGAGAUCCAUUUCAAACACAGUAUCAUCUGAUAUUAGCACAGAUGCCACAUGUAAUACCUCUCUCAUUACAUCAUCAAAUGUACCAAGUGUUAUAUCGGAUGAUAGUUCUGCCAUUAUUUCUACACCUAAUGUAAACAAAUUUGCAUUUUCUUUGAAAAUUGAUCCUUCUUCUGGAAAAGCGUUUAUUGAUUCACCAAAUGAUACCAAAAACUCCACAAUCUCUUUAAAGGGAUCAUAUUUGAAUACAGUUGACAAUAGCAAAAAUGUUAUUGAUACAGAAAGGAAAACAGGUGCAAAGGACAAUGCAGCUUCUACUACAAUAGAACCAUUGAUAGAGACUAUACCUUCCAAUCCAGAAACCUCAUCUCCUACCAUCAACAAGAAGAGAAUUCUUUCCCUAUUGAGUAAAAUGAAAAGGAAAAACAAUAAUGUUACAUCUUCCGAUGACCAAGAUACUAGCACAGAGAAUACGAGGGAUGGUCAUAAUAAUAAUAAUAAUAAUACAUAUAAUACAAUUGAUUCAGAAAAAUCUCCUAUGUUUACAAAAUUAAUUUUAACUCCACCCCCUACAGCUGCAAGAUAUAGUCCAAGGAGUAUUAAGCUGGAUUUAUUACGACAGCAACAAUCCUGGACUGCUAGUGCUAAAACAACCAAUAUUUUGGUGGAUACGACUGCAACUACUAGUAAUUUAUCAAACACUUUUUCGUCAGGGAUAAAUAGUACUGCUACCACUACCAACAACAACAGUGGAGUCGAUAGCGAUGACGAAUACAAAAAGUUUAUAAACACAAGCCCAGUUGUUUAUGAACAGCACCAACCAUUGAAUAUGGAUUCUGCCAAAGAUUUAUUAUCUUCGCCGAUAACGAAUAUUAUAAUGAGGAACAUAAACAAUGCAAUGACGAAUAGUUCUAUUAAUACAGCUGGUAAUAAUAUCACAGGGUCACCGAUAUACUUUGGUAGACAGCAUAACACCGGAUCUCAUAAGAGAAAUAGUAGCGCUAGCAGCGUGUUUAUAAAUAAUUGCGUUUUGAAUUCACCAAAUGCUCUAAAUACUACCAUGAAUAGUAAUAGUAAUAAUCUAUAUUCAAACAAUUUUUCUACAAUGUUACCACCAUCUUCUACAAACCAGCAUAUCAGAAACUAUGAUGAAAAUCCCAACACUAUUAAUAUUAUUCAUAAUAACAACAAUAAUGAUAGUUCUAACGACGACAACAAUGAUAAUACUAACAAUAACAAUAAUAAUCCUUCUUCAAUUUACGAUCUGGAGCUAUUAUCCAGUCCAAAAAAGUCUUGGUAA